CACAUACAGUGCAACAUGGGUAAUACAUUUUGGCUUCGGAGCCGUCGGGACACAAUCCCAAAUGAUCCAUUUUCAGCAGCCUGCAUGGCAUGGGGUUUGUCCCCGCAAAAUCUCACAACGUCCGCAUCCGCAAACCCCCACCGACACCACACUCACCACCCCUCACUUUUACACGCGCAUUUUCGCGAAGGCCAUGUCGCGUUUGCUUGUUUGGCCUUUGGCCACCCUCCCUUUCCCUUUCCCUUUCUUGCUCCCCGUCUGCGCAAAGCGUGUCAGCCCUCGGACUCGCUCCACGAUACUGAUGACGGGCUGAUUCAGAAGGGUUGGGGCUGACGCGGAAAUUUCACGCUAAACGUUGGUCUGCUCGCUUUGAGCGGUAUCAAAACGUAUAUAAAGCUUUCGGCCGCUUCCCGUGCCCCCGCCGGGCCUGACAGCGAACGUCAGCCGUCCCCUCUGCAACAGAAUCCCAACAGCAUAACCGAAGCAGCACUCCGAUGGCUGUUUCGGCGUGGCCUCAACUCGCUGCCGCCGCCGCCGCAGGUGCAUCAAUACAGCCAACGUCGGCGCAAAAGGGUAUGUGUGCUCACCAUCGAUGGAGCAGAAACCCUGUCCCAGCCCUUGCGGCGGCCGCCGAUGCUCCAAAGCAACAUCAGCAGCCCCAUCAGCAGCAACAGCAACAGCGACAGCAGGACUCUAGCACGACAACCCCAGUAUCCGCUCAACUAGUCUCCCAGUUCGUAUGCCUAGUCGUACAUCGAACAUGGCCGCACCGGCCAGGGAUGAGCACCCCAGGCCGGCCACACCCCUCCUUCCUCUCCUUUGUCUCGCGCAUUCAACGAACCUCCGGCGUCUCCUCCAUCGUCCUCUUCCUCUCCCUUCUCUACAUCGUCCGCUUCCGCCGCGCAUCCUCCCCAACCAUCAGUAGCAACAGCGGCGUCCCCGACUCGAUAUCUGCGCUCGACGGUAACAGUUUCGGAAACCAGGCCGCAUUAUCCGAAGCGAGACUCGUCACAGCCGCCGUCAUCCUCGCCCAAAAGUUCACCGACGAUAAUCGCUUCACCAACAAAACGUGGGCCGAGCUCACCGGCUUUGCGCUGGCGGACAUCAACAAAAUGGAGACGGACUUCCUCGCUAAGAUAGACUUCAAGCUGCAUGUCGGUGAGGAGGAGUUUCGGUCGUGGGUGCGGUACUGCAAGGCAUGGGCGAGCCAGCUGGGCGUCUCGCUGGAAGAGGAUCCGAACUCUACAUCCCCGUCAAAGGCUUCCCCGCAAACAACGUCCACGAUUCCAUCCACCAUCCCCGCAAACCUUCCGCCACUUCCAACUGCGAGGUCAUCACAGCAACAGCAACAGCACGCCACGAUGGUCGGCUAUUACCGCAAACGCAAAGUGGAGCAACCUGACCCUCUCGCUUUCCACCCGGACUUCGUCCCGCGCAAGAUCCCCCGCACCCCAUCGGCCGACAUUCCCCACAUGCAUCAACACGCCCACCAUCAAACCCGUCGAGCAGCUUGGUCCGCCAGCAACACGGGCAUCAACAACUCCGGCGGCCUACCCAACAACUUCGCAUACCCGAUGCCCACGAUGCUCAUACCCGGCUCUCAACAAACACCACAAGCACAACAAUACAUCCAAAUGCCCGCAUACAACAUCAACAGCAAUCACCCGCUCGCGCUCCAUCCCGUAUACCCCAUGCCGCUGCAGUGUUACCUCCCGCCGUACUAGGCGAGUGACAUUCCAUCGCAGCACACAGACGCUUUUUUGCCUGCACGCCGCUCUAUACCAGUAUCAUCGUCUGUUCCGGAGAUGGGCAUUUCAACCGAUUUUGUUUUCACGUUACCCCCCAAGUUAUGACUUCUAAACACCGCCCCACCCCCGCCUUUUCACUUUGUGUACCAUAUUUUUGUUUGAUUCUCCUUGUAUAUGCUCUAGAGUAAAUUAAAUUUUGAACGAUCGACGGGGUAUUCCCCAAACAACAACUGCUUGC